AGCGCAAAAGGGACACUAUUUUUGGGGAGGGUUGGCACUCUCGAACAAUGUCUUGGGAUGUGAAGCAGCAGGUUUUUUUUUCUUCGUUGCCGCUCCUGCUCAUGCCUUUCAAUACGGGUGUCUAGAGUUUUAGACGUCCAGCGUGGACAGCGGAGAGGGAGUACGCCUGGCCGAGUUCUCAUUGCGUCUCUUCUUUUUUUCCAAAGCGAACGCUGCCAGAACCAUUUCCUCUUACUACAUUAUUCACUUAUAUUCACUUAUACAUCUCUUAUUAUGCCCUCGGUAGGGAACGACCAACAGCAGCAACAGCAACAGCCGCCGCCGCCGCCGCAGCAGCAGCAGCAACAGCAGGCCACGUCGGCAGCCUCGAGUGCCCAGGACUCGGCCCAUAGAUACCAGCACCCUAACCACCAGCAGCGGCGGUUCUCGGUCGCCCAGCAACCACCGCAGCAGCAGCUCUAUUACGGAUACCAGCCUACCUCACCCAUAGGCUCACCAACGGCUUCGCCGCUUGGGUAUGUCAGUAGCCUGCAGGCGUCGCCUACGGUCAGCCCCCUGGGCAACAUGGCACUAGUCAAUGCCCAGAUAAUCCACAGUACGCCCGGCUACUACUACACGGGCCACGGUGGGUCUCCAGUUGGAUCGCCGCCGCCCAUGGCAACAUUGGCUGCAACCGCAAGCCCGACUCUGGCCCCGGGCCAUUUCAUCACCCCGAUUCCCAUGAACACACGUGACUCGGGGGCACAGCAGUUCGGGUCGCCGCAGUUUGUGGCCAGUCCACCGACCCUGAGCAUGUCACCGACGAUGCUAUACCAGCACGUCACCAGCCAGGGGGAUGAUCUGCACAACCCGCGCAACGUAUAUGUGCGCAGCCUGCCCGAGGACUGUAGCGACGAGGCACUAGAAGAGAUGUCAGCCAGGUAUGGCGAAAUCGAGACACACAAGUCCAUCAUCGACGCCUCCACAGGCAAAUGCAAGGGCUACGGGUUCAUCCUCUACAAGACGGUAGAAAUGGCGAACCGGGCCAUCGAGGGGCUCAAUGCGCGCGGGUACCAGGCAUCGCCGGCCAGGGACUCGCUGAAGACCAAGCUGAAAAGGCUGCAGGAUAAAAAGUCCGGCAAUGUGUAUAUCUCCAACCUGCCGGUAACCAUGGAUGAGGAAGGGCUGAAGGAGCUGAUCAAGCCAGACACUGUCAUAUCGGCCAAAAUCCUGCGCGACUCGAACUCGAACAUUCCACGCGGGGCCGGGUUUGCGCGCAUGGCGGACCGCGAGACUGCGCUGCGUGUCAUCGAGCGGCUCAAGGGCCAGCGGCUCCCAAACACCCCUGGUCCGCUGAUGCCGCGAAUUGCCGACUCUGACGGCCAAAAGCAGCUGAAGAAGCAGAUAAACAGCGAAACCACCAGCCUGCUGCUGCGGUCUGGCGCAACGUCGCCGGUGAUGUGGACCCCAGGCAUGGUUAUGUACCAGUCUGCUGGCCAGUCGGCCAAUGUGUCUGCCAGCGCCUCAGCACUCGAUGUGCAGCGCCAGCUGUCGCCGUCGCCAACGCCAUUUGUUAAUUCCCCACAGCAGUCGUUCUCGGGCAUCUACCAGCCAGCAUUCCAAGGAUACGCAUCUCCGGGAUACGUCUCGCCGCUCAACUUUGGAUCACCCACGGGAUAUGCAUCGCCUACGGGCUAUGGAUCUCCCGGCUACGUGUCGCCGGUUCAGAUGCCGUCGUCGCCGCAGCCCGUGUAUCCGCAUUUGCCCGAGCAGCCGUCAAUUCCAACGCGCAACGGCAAGGAAGCCGAAGCUACUAGCGGCAUGCAGAACGGGAUUACGCCGCAGCACACGGGCGGUGAGCAGAGGCACGGGAGGCAGCACUCGCAGAACCACCACGGGUACAACCCGCGGCAGCCGCCGUCGCACCAACAGCACCAGCAGCUGGUCGACUCGGUGCAGUCAAAUCUCCAUAUCUAGGAAAAAGGUCGAUUA